CGUGCUCCUUCUGUGCAUGUUUCAAGGAGCUUCAAGUUCGCGAAAAUGGUGAGAAUUUCUCCUUUUUCGUGGUUGAAGCGGAUAAGUACAGUUUAAAAUUGUGAUACUAACCUAAUAUAUAAUUGUUUUCAAAGCCUGUGACGCAAUCAGCUUCGCAGGAAGACCAGGAAAAACUUCUGGAUGAGGCCAUUCAAGUUGUAAAGUCGCAGUCUUUUCAGAUGAAACGAUGUCUGGUGAGUUUUACUUGUACUCACUUCUUCGUCCUAUUUUUCAUUGUUUUGUGACUGAGAUAUCUCAUUUCAGGACAAGGGGAAGCUUAUGGAUGGCUUAAAACACGCUUCAAACAUGUUAAGCGAGCUGAGAACCUCAAUGCUUUCACCAAAAAGUUACUAUGAGUUGUGUAUCCUUGUAGUCGGUGCAAACCGAUCCGUAACUUCUCAAGAUUAAGAUUUCUCUUCUGGGGACGAUCACAUUUUAACUCAGCUUUUCUUUACUCGUUGAAUUUUGGAAAAAGAGAUUCCUCGCUAAAUAAUGCUGUUGGCUUUUUAACUAGUUUAUAUUAUCAUAAUGAAAUCCGACGACCUUUCAUUCCGCACAGAAUGCUAAUGACCCUGAUCCAGGAAGUGAUUUCAUUUGAGAGACAUGAAUAACAGAAGCGUGAAAAAAUGAGAUCAUCCAGAUGUUUUUGUACAUGUCACUGUUUGUGUCUAGCUGUCUCUGUAUAUUUGUCUAAGUAAACACUUGUAUCAAGACAUUUUUGCACUAUGGGUUUGCCUUUAGGAAAAUGUGUGGAUUAUAAUUCUUGUUAUAAUUCAUUCAAAAUGUUUCUCCGUUUCUUAUUGGCUCAAAAUCCCUGGCUAAUUCUUCAUAACUAGCAACCGUUUACCAAAUAUAGAAGGUAUACAGUUGACGUCAACCGUAUAGGUAUCAAUGGAACACGGAACGACAGUAGGCGUGGCAGCUCCCUGUUUUGGCAGAAUUAGAGAAAAUAGCAGGCAAUUUCAUAAGUGAUGCGAAGGAGAAAUAGCCAAAUUAUAGCAAAGAUAGGAAGGGUAAUAAAAAUACCACUUAAUGGAUGGCAACUAUUUAAUGAAUGCCUUCUACAAUGAAUAUUCCUUCAUAACCUGUAAAGGACAGGUAAAUAUCUAAAAAGAUAAGAACAUUACAUAGCUUGAGGUAAGCAUGUUUUUAAAUAAAUAAUAACAUAAUUCUCAUUAGAUUUGGCUUUUGUAGCAGUUUUCUGGUGAUCACUGUUGUAACAAAGUAUGUAUUUUUUAGACUGUGUUUGCUACUGUAUGUUUAAAAUAAUAUUUUUGAAGGCCUUAACAACUAACAAGACAUGGCAAUAUCUGAUGAGCUGCGUCAUUUGGAGCUGUUCUUGGUUGAUGAGUUCCAGAAAGGCCGUAGAGUGGCUGAUCUUUAUGAACUGGUUCAGUAUGCAGGGAACAUUGUUCCUAGACUGUAAGUUGAAGUAAAUGCAAAGAAAUAAUUAAAUCAAGAUUGAUUUUGUUAACGAGUUUGCCUCUGCAGUCAUUCAUAUUCAAUUAGGCACAUUUAUAUGGAGAAGGCGUUUUGUGGGUAGAAAUGACACUCGCCUAUCCUGGGCAAACAAACUUUUCCUUUAUUUUCUCAUGAAACUUGACGAACCCUUGACAUGAGAAACAAAAAGUUGGCUCUGCUAGAAGGGUGACUCAUCUAGCUGUGCCUUUUUUCGAUGGUCAGGUCAUCCUCCCGGCUAUGCCCACUGUUCUCCAUAUAAACAAUUUGGCUCGCCCAGCAAGGUCAACUUGGUCAAGCAUGACACUCAAAGGAUGCAUGAGUGCUCUUGGCUAGGGAAAAGGGGUAAACUUCUUUCUUAUGUAAACGCUUUCUAAAGUUGGCUAGGCUGGGAGGGACAAGGUUUCUCUAAAUAAACACUCAGUCAGGGUCUUAGUUUUAGCCCCAGUUAAGAAAUUACAGCUGUACAUUGAGGCUUGUAGAAGUAGUGUGAAGUUUAAUGGCGCAUUUUAUGUGGGUGUAGAGCCAAGAAAUGACUAACUCAGCUAAUUUGUAAAGUGAUUUUGGACACAGAGCACAGUUUGAUUUAGCUGUGUUUUGAAUUUCUUACAGCCUAAUAUUAUUAAUUUUUUCAUCUCAAGGUACUUGUUGAUAACAGUUGGAGCUGUGUACAUCAAAGCUAAAGAAGCAUCUCGCAAGGAUAUUUUAAAAGACUUGGUUGAAAUGUGCAGAGGUGUCCAGCAUCCACUUAGAGGCUUGUUUCUUCGCAACUAUUUGCUACAGAUGACAAGGAACAUGUUGCCAGAUAUUGGAGUGGAUGAAGCAGCGUAAGAUAAUGUCAAUAAAAUUGAUUGGCGGAAAGUUUAACCAUUGUCAAGAAGAUCUUGAUAUUUUUACACACUAAUUGCUAAUUUGUGAUCACAACAUUUCUUGGCAGCAUAUUUUGCCAGUCACUUGGUCUGUCAUUAUAUAAAGGUUCCUCUGUUUAAAGUAAUAAUUACUUUAAGAGCAUCAAAAUUUCUGAAUUUGAUUUACAUCCCAGCACGCAAAGAAAGUACUGUUGGACCGCCUGGGGCUAGAGGAUUUUGCUAUCAGGCUAGUGAAUUUUGUUCUUAGCUUGCCCGAUGGGCAAGUAAAGUUUUUCUAGAAUUCAAAUUACAGAAGCACUGUGUAUUCAAACCUGCCUGUCCAAACGCUUUUGGGGCUAGUUAAAGUGAUGUUUGGGCUAGUACUUGCUAGCUACAGCUAACCCGAAUGGCAAGCUGUAAAACUGACUUUCUUUGCACCCAGCAUCCCAUGUGAGUGAUUUUUGCCAUCUUUCACUUAGGAAUCAAAGGAAUAGCCCAGUAGAGUGAUCUCCAGGACGAGCUCUAUCAUUCCAGAGAUACAUGUAACUUAUAUGGAGCUAACCUAUAUGUUUACAAAAGGUUGGUCUUUUCUUAAAUCUCAUUUGCAAUCUGUUUGUUUAUUCUAGUUCCGAAUCAGAGCAUGAUGAUGGAACUGUGAAAGAUUCUAUUUCAUUUGUGCUCUUGAACUUUGCUGAGAUGAACAAGCUGUGGGUACGAAUUCAGCAUCAAGGACAUACCAGAGAACGAGAAAAGAGAGAACGUGAGCGGCAUGAACUCCGCAUCCUUGUAGGAACAAAUCUUGUUAGACUGAGUCAGCUAGAAGGAGUCAACAUUGAAACGUACAAGAAAGUAAGCUACUGAGUAACAGGGGGCAGGUUGUUACAGCCUAAAUUUUUACUGCAUGACAAGGAAAUGUUCAUUUGCUUAAGCCUGACGGAGCGUUAAGAUCACUGUACUGGUAAACUGGGGGGCCCGAGCUCAAGUCUGUCCCAGUUGCCUCAGACCUCCCUUGUCCACAUUUGUAAAAUAGCCAACUGGUUUGCCUUGUACCUUGUUUAACUUCCAGUGAAGGUCCUUUUUAUUAUUCUUUUCCCUUUGUUUGUUGAUUAGUCUAUGUUUAAAAUUUAUGUUAGUUUCAUGUAUCUAAAAUACAGAAAAAGGUUAAAAAUCCAAAUCCAAAUCUGAAUUGUUCUUCAUGUGUAUGAUUGAACCACUUUAAUCAGGCAGCUUUAAAAUUUGCAUUUAGCCCAGUAAACUCUUUGUUAUUCUCUUUACAACUGGACAGGUCUGACCCUGGUUAGCACUUGCGAAGAAAAUUUUUUUAUGAUAUAAACACCUGUGAAAUACCAGGCAAGCUUUCACGUGAAAACAUGAUAUCCUCAUGUGUGAAAAUAGCAUGUUAUCUUCACAGGUGAAAAUAUCAUGGUUGCUAUGGCUACAAGAUAAAUUAUGCCUUUUGCAGCUAAAAAAAGUUAAAGUCAAAAUAGAACAUUACAUGGCUGCUUGAAGAUACAAAAUGAAUUUUUUCUUGUUGAAAAUUUUGUAUCUCUGCACAGCCAAGUAACAUCCUCUAUUUCCAUGCUAUUUCCAUGAGGUGUUAGCUGUUAGGUUUCUGGUCAUUAACUUUUUUGUUUUGGUUACAUGUGUGUUUUGUUGUUUCUUUAUGGUUGUAAAUAAUUUUUGUAAUUCUUUUGUUGAACAGAAUGUCCUCCCAGGAGUAUUUGAACAAACAGUGAGCUGCAGAGAUCCAAUUGCCCAGGAAUAUCUUAUGGAAUGUGUCAUCCAAGUCUUCCCCGAUGAGUUUCAUCUCAGAACUUUGAGCAUGUUUCUUCAAGCAUGUGCUGAGCUUCACGAAAAAGUGAACAUUAAAAACAUUAUUAUAUCACUCAUUGAUAGGCUGGCUUUAUUUGCAAACCGGGAAGAUGGUGGAAUUCCGAGGGAAAUCAAGUUGUUUGAUGUGAUGUCUGAACAAGUCUCCACUGUUGUUCAGGUAUGCAUGUGAAAUUUUAAAAAAAGAGAUCUUAGAGUGAAAAAGCUUAGUUUGUACUUACAGCUGUAGCUGCAAACAUUAUCUGUAUAAUAGUGUUGAUCUAGGCCUGUACUUUAAUCUGUUUCCUCGGUUGUUCAAAAGCUGGAUAGUGUUAUCCACUGGAUAAAUCACUAUCCAGCGGAUAAGUAUUAGGGAAACCAAUAUUGCACUAUCCACUGGAGUUUUGACCACCGAUUCUCCAUCAGUACCCGGCAUGAUAGUACAACUUGCUUAAAGAAACUCGCCCAGGCUAACGUUAAACGGGCAAUAAAACUAGCAAAAGAGAGGCACCAAACACUUUCAAUACUCCUGACACCGUGUAACAUUCUUUGGUUAACAGAAAACCACAUUUAACAAUGCAAGCAAAUGUAAACAUUGUCACAGGCAAAGCACAACUAGGUUGAAUGAAUUUCACACCUUAAAUGAAUCAAAUGCAUGUGCUUGCAUCUGAGCAGUAUGAUACACGUCAUAAUAUGUCAUGUAAACUAAUUUCUUCCUCCAUGUCUGUGCUUCCCCCCAUACCGGGAGGGUUGAAAAAUCAGGAUUCGGCUGUAUACUGGAAGGCAACCUUCGUCAUUAUCAUGUAUAGUUAUCAUCAUUGCUAAUUUUUUUGGUUAUCGUACAUUUUAUAUUUUUGUUCAGACACGCAGUGAAAUGCCAACUGAAGACAUAGUAGCUCUUCAGGUUUCUCUCAUAAACCUUGCUCUGAAGUGUUAUCCUGAGAGAGUAGAUUAUGUGGACAAAGUCCUGCAGUACACAUCAGAGAUCUUCAGCAAGCUUAACCUGGCCCAGUAAGUCACUAGUAGUUAUUAUGGAUUAAUUAAGUCUGGUUAAGGCGGCUGUGUCAUGGCUGAUUAGUUCAUUUUUGUUAAUAAUGCCAAUUAUGCUUCCUUGUGUGCUUUCAGCAAACAUUACAGGCAACAAAAGUAGACUUUGAAAAACUCUUAGGCUGACAAGUUUGCAAAAACCAACAAUUAUUGCAAUCCAUUUCACACUUCUUCAAGUUUGCCUAUCCGUGCCGCCAUUUGUAUUUGCUGUGUUAUUUAUUUAUACCUUCUUUUAAUGUUUUGAGUGGUUAUUUUAAUGUUUCCCUUAAUUUGGUGGCAGUUCCCACUCUUUGAAUUUUGAUAAAUUUUGUGACACAGCUCUCUUAAUUAUUCGUCUGUGAUGUAUCACAUGGUGUACUGUUGGAGAGCAAGGUUAAAUUAAUUUAUGCCUCAGAGAAAAUGGCUACUGUUUUGAAAUUUUUACCCCACCACAAAAUUAGAAAAGUAGUCUGUUUACCACAUCUAGUGCCUUGAUAGUGAUCCUCAGAUUGUGUUUUGUUUGUUCAUGUUUAUAUAGUCUCUUUUCUGUAUUCUCAGUUUGUGACAUCCCUUUUAUGGUUCAUUAUAUUUUUUUAAGUAUGAAUAUAAUUACAGGUGUUUUGUUGGCCCCAGUUGUUCAAAUCAAUGGUUGGAUAAUAGAGAGCUAUAGAUUUGAGGAUGAGAAUGACUAUGAGUAUGAGAUUUGCCUAAAGUUUUUUCGUGUAUUCUCCAAAAAUAGGUACCCCGGAACGCUUCUUUCUACUUUUCAUUCAUCAGCAAAGUUAGCGCUGUUAUCUUUAUUAAAGGAGGUUAAGCCCUCUACCAAUCGCAAAAUGAUAAAACUUCUAACACAGGACACUAGGACAUUCUUGCUUAAGCCUGUAGGAGGAUGACAAUGGCUAUCACGUUUUCUUGCCAAAAUGAUGCUGGUUCAUGUGCUAGCAAUUCUCAGUAAAUUGAGAAAAUCUUGUUCUUGUAGUCAUUCUUGUCUUAGCAGGGCUUCUGAUAUUUCGCGCGGUCGUGGAGCCACGAAAUUCAGGCAAAUCUGCGAAAACACGCAAAAUACUGCAAAACUCAGUAGAAAUCUUAUCAAAUACAUGUCUGUACAGCAAUUUUGAAACUUGUCUCAGCUACUGGGGGUAUUUACUUGCCGUAAACUCGGAUAAUUAUGUCAAAACUCCUUCACAGAAAUGUGGAAACAACGUUCCGAAACUACCAGGCGUAGAUUAUGUUGCGAAAAACUGGGCACUAGCCAUGAUGUUAAAAGGCUUUGCCACUGGUUCAUUUCUGGAGCGUAUUGUUGUUGAAAGAGCAAAAUAAUGAUGACCUCUGUCAGAAAAACAUUAAAAACGCUGGUCUGAUCAGCGCAAAACCGAUCGAUUUCUUGCAAAAUUUUUCCUGAAAAUAACCACAAAAUCCGCCGUUUUUUUACCGAUUGCUUUCCAGCCAAGUUUGCCCUGAAAAUUUCCACGAAAUUCUCGUGAAAUCGGCCAAUUUUUCCACGAUUUUGCCCUCAAAAAUCUCGCGAAAUAAUUUUGACUUUUUUUUCCGCGAAUUAUCAGAAGCCCUGUCUUAGAAUCUAAAGCUCGCUUGUGCUAUCCACCAGGCCCCGAUUGUUCAAACGUUGGAUAGCGCCAUCCAGCGGAUAAAUCACUAUCCAGUGGAUAGCGUAAUUGAUUUCCAUAAUACUUAUCCGCUGGAUAGUGAUUUCAGGGUUUGCACAGUCUUGAAAAGUCCUUGAAUUCCAUUUUUCCUUGAAAAGUCCUUAAAUUUCUGUGCAAGUCCUUGAAAAGAGCUUGAAUUUUCUUCAACUUUGAAUGUAGUAGCCUGGAAAGAAUUUUUUGAUGCUUUUUGGUUGUCCAAGACAGAAUAUAAAUCGUAGCUCAGUGAAUGUAAAGGUGAUUUACAUAAAGUGCUCCAUGUUUUAUGCAAUAAUUAACUAUCAGUUUAAGACAAGUGAACUGAAAAAUGUAGAUAAUUUGGUGAAGCAAACAGUUAAAGCCUUAAAGUCUUAUUAGAAUAUACUGGGAAUAUGCAUUUUUGUACAAUCUGUGAAAUUAUAUUCCUAGUAGGUUGUCCUUGAAAAUCUAAUGUGGUCCUUGAAAAGUCCUUGAAAAGUCCUUGAAAAAUGGUUGCAAUUUUUUGUAUGAACCCUGGAUUUAUCCGGUGGAUAGUGCUAUCCAACGUUUGAACAACCGGGGCCAGAUAAAUCACUAUCCAGCAGAUAAGUAUUGGGAAGACGAAUUGCAUUAUUCCCUGGAUAGAGAUUAUCUGGUGGAUAAUGCUAUCCAACAUUUGAACAACUGGGGUCAGUUUGUUAGAGUGUAGUCAUUUUUGUAGACAGUACCCUAGUAGCAAAAUUAAUCCAUUUGCACAAGGCAAACAUUGGCAGUACAUGCACAUGAACAUGUGUAGAGACCAUUAGUGUUUUACCCCUGUGUAAUGUACAAACCAAAUAUAUUAUAAGUAUUUCGUUUUUGUAUGUAGUUUAGUGCAAAAUGAAUUGUCAAGUUAAGUUCAUGAAAAACAUAACAUUGUUGCCUUUUGAAUUGUUUAGCAUGGACAAGAAUAAUGCAGUUUCAAAGGAAUUGACCAGGCUUCUGAAGAUUCCAGUUGAUUCAUACAACAACAUUUUAACUCUUCUAAAGCUGCAAUACUUUUCACCCCUGUUUGAUUAUUUUGACUACACUUCAAGAAAAGAGAUGUCGUUAUAUGUGGUGACCAAUGCUGUGGAGAGUGCUGUGAAAAUCCCUACACAGGAGCAGGCAAGUCAAUAUGGAGUUAUGCAACAGGACGGCAAAACGCUUGAGUGUGACAAACAUGAUGGGGCUCUUACUUAGUGUUUUGUCGGGAAUUGACUUAGCAUUGUCGUUUUUUAUUUUGCUCUUCUACAAAAAGAUCUGUUAAAAGGAAUGGGAAGUUUGGCGGAAGGUUUUUUCAAACAAAAUUGUUGUCACACUUGUUAUACAAGGUUUGCCGUCGUCUUUCUUCUCCCGUCCUGUUGCAUAAGUUCACUAAUGAGUUACAGUGGAACCACGAUGUAGCGAACCUCGAGUAUAUGUCAAAGUCCUUGAUAUGAUGAAUGAUUUUCUUCACCCAAGUAAUAGUAAAAUAUAUGAAAAAGAACCACAACAUGUCGAAACCUUGUUAUAGCAAACAAAUGUUGGCAGUCUCUUGGCCCUUCGUUAAAUUGAGGUUCCACUGCAUGUACUAAGUGCACUUAUUAAAACAGAUUGCCUAAGGGGGACAAGCUGAGCUCUUGUCUUAUCCAGCCUGUGUGGCACUGAGGAGAUAAAAAGGGGUCAAUCUGCCAAUACUAUUAUUGUACUCCACAAUGGUCAGGUGAUAAGUUCGGGCUUGGUGUUGUUUGUGCGUGCAACCCCAAGACCGUAAUUGCCUGCCACAGGGCUGUGUUCCCCCUUAUUAUGCCCUCUUGUUGUGUGUUUAUUUUGACUGUGUGCCUUAUUUUGUGGCAUGACUUUUAUGGGAAUGUAAAGGCAGAAUAGUGACACUAACUGCAACAAAUGUUUCAGCAUUGGACAACUGACAGAAUUGUGGGGCCUAUGUAAUAAUUCUGUGCUACUUGUUGUUGUUGUUGUCAUUUUUGGCUAAAAAUUACUUGUAUUCUAUCAAGUUCAAUGCUAUUUUGCUCUUGUUUACUUUACAGCUCAAUGAGCCCCAAAAAAGUUGAUGUUUGAGUCAUCUAUUAAUCAGAAAAAGCAAAACAACUUUUUUUUGGUAUCAUUUUAACGAAUUAACGGAAGUGUGCCUUUUCCUCUCUGUUCUACAAAGAAUGUUGACCACAACUUUGCCUCAUAUAUGUAUCUCUGUCUCCAAAACUUACUUACUCUGGUAAAAUAAACUGGAAAGCAUUUUUUCUUGUUAACUUUCCUUCUCUGGGGAUUUGGCUUACUUCUCCCUCUGUUAUCACGUCACACAUAAAUCAUGGGCUUAGUGGGUUUUUAUAGGCUCAUAAAUGGGCCGAAUCCGGGACCAGUGACCCUUUUGCUCAGUGAUGUCCAAGUUCCAGUAAAGUGACUAAAAUUAGCUUUCUUUUCAGGUAGAUAAUGUUCUUAAUCUGGUGUCAAGUUUGGUUUGUGAUCAGGAUGACCAGCCUUCUGAACCAGUUAGUAAAUAAGACUUAAAUAGUACCAAUUUUUACUUAAAAAGCACCUUUCCUAAUAAACAAGAGUAAAUUGUUAAUAAAUACCGCAUCCUCCAUAUCGCAACAUUCAAUGUGGCACCCUGCAUUGUUUCUGGAUAUGGUUAUUACUAAAAUGCUAAUAUAACUGAUAUCGUUAUCUAUUUGGUUCUGGAAAAGGACGUAGACCUUUAAAACUAACUUUUAUUGUAUUCUUCCUGCUCUGUUUUUAUUGUUUUGUAGACAAAAAACAGAAAGAAAUGAUACUGUACCUAGUAUUGUGUUAAAGUGCCAUCCACGAAUAAUAUUGGUUGUCCUCAAAUAAUAACAUUAUACUGUUUAUUUGAGUUAUACUUUGAAAGUAGUAACUUAAAUCAUUGGUAUCAAAACUAGACCUCGAUUUGAGGUCUUGGCCAGCACAUGUCAACAGAUGCCAGUGUAGUCAAAGUAACACCAAAUGUUUGUAACAUAGAAUAAAGAUAGAGCUUUCCUUAUGAUGGCAGCUGUUGGGGGUGGGGAGGUGGCGCAGUAUGGCCGACUGGUCAGCGCAUUGACUCACAAUCUAGCAGACCCAGGUUUGAGUCCCGCUCUGGCCACUUACUCGAUUUGUGCCCGGUCUUCCUGUGUUCAAACUCUCGGCCACCUUGUAAAUAACAAACUGGUUGUCUCUGACCCUUCCUGUUGGGGUUUUUAAUUCUGUUAUUUUCUAUUAAUGGAUUAUUUGUUUCAAAAUUAUUAAUUGAGUUGAGUUCCUGUAAACUUGCUGGAUAAGCUAAGUGCACUUUCCACUAAAAAUAAACCUUUAAUCUUAAUUGCCUUACUUUUUUGGAAAUUGAAAGGGAGGGGCAAGGGUGCAUGAGAUGAGUGAGACUCAUGGCAAGGUCCAUUGAAAGAAGUGCAUGACAUUCUUUGUUCUCUGUUUUACAAAGGAUGAUCCUGAGGAUUUUGUAGAAGAGCAGAGCUUGAUGGGAAAACUUGUGACAUUGCUGAAAAGUGACAAUCCUGACCAGCAGUACCUGGUAAGUUGUAGCUUUGAAUCUCCUUCAAACUGGUUAACAUUGACAGGGUUCUUGUGGAUCAUGGAAAACCUAGAAAGUCAUGGAAAAUUGAAGUUAUCUUUGGUAAAUUAGUUACUGCAGAUGUCAAAGCAUGGACGAAAUAAUCAGAGACAAGCAACUGAAUAGCGCAAACCCAAUGCGUUUUGGUGAAGACUAGAGUUUGUGUCUGUUAAACUGAUUUAGGUAAAAAGAAAAUCACCUAAAACAAGAUUAGUUUUGAAAAUUUAUAAAGUGUCUACCAAACCUAAGUUCCUGGAAAACUGGAAAAGUUUAUGGAAAAAGUCAUAGAAAAUGCCAGUGGUCCCAAAGAUAUCCAGCUUCAUACAAUAUGCCUACCUACAGCGUAUAAUACAAUGCAGAUACUUGACUUUCUCUUUUCUUGUUGACUGUACUCCAAAAGUUUCAAUAUUUUGACUUUUUAACAAGUCAACAGUAAUUUUCCACCAUGCUGUACUCUUAUUGACCAUAGAAAUGACCUCAAAACGUUCUAAACUCAAGUGGAACCACAAGGAGGAGGGGAGUAGUUUCACUGUAAAGUUUUGAACAUUUUGACGUCAUUUCCAUGGUAGAUAAGGGUACAGAUCUUGGAAGAUUGCUAUUGAUUUGUUUUUUUUUUUUUACAACAAGACCCCCAUAUAGUGGCAGUUCAUUGGGUUUCCAACUGCUUGAUGCAGUGGUUAAUUAUUUUUGGGGAAGUAUAUAUUGUAGUUAAUUUUUUAUCUCAGGCCAUUUUUAUUUUUCUUUUGUUUCAUCUUCAUUAGCAUAUAUUACCAUACCCAAAAACAAAAGAAAAACAAAAAUGACCUGAAAUAAAAAAUUAACUACAAAUACAUUAUAAUUACACUUUUUACCAGCUUGAAUGCAUGGCUGCUCCUAACCUAGAGGUAGCCUGUUGAAGUAAGAAAUGACUGGAAUUAUUUUUAACUGGACAUUAACUCGCCCCAUCCAUCUAACACCAAAAAUAUAGCAUGGCAGUACUAAUGUGACUAAUCUGAUCUAACCAGAAAUUAUUGUAGUUCUACACUUAUCAAUAAUGUUGUGACUGGGUCAAUGUUGAUAUUUUAAACGAUACUGAAUUUCUGUUUCUUGAAAACCAAAAAGCAAUUUUAUUUCUGUCGGAUAUUGCAUUUAAAGCCCUUCUCACUAUCCAAGUGAAUAUGUUUGUAUUUGAUGGGGAAAUCUAUAAAUAGAGGAAAGACCCUUCACAUGUUGGGAGAGAAUUGCAACAAGUCAAAUCUUUUUCUGUGGGUCCGUGAGAGGGCAUUGUUUCUGCAGCUCCCACACAGGCAAACAACAUCAUUGUAUGCUGUGUUUAGAUAAUCAUUUGUCGUAGAUAUAGGGCCAUUUACUCCACGCAAUAAUUUCUUGUUUGUUCCAAAUCAACUUCCAAAUUUGUUCGCCACAUGACUUGGAAUGACCCGUCUCCUCCCCACAAAAAUUGGCUUCAUUGAAGGAGGGAAUGGGACAUGCAAAGCCUUCUGGGAGUUCCAUCCACCAUUUUGUCUCUUCUGACAUAGAAAGAAUUUGCUUCUUGAUUGGGCAUUGCCCUCACGGGCAUCCCAAUAAUAACAUGCAGGUUCUUACCCAUGGGUUGUUUUUUUUUCUGUAUCACACUUUACACUUAUUUAGAUCCUCAACACAGCAAGAAAACACUUUGGCAGUGGUGGAGAAAAGAGAAUAAAGUACACAUUACCUCCUAUUGUGUUCUCAGCAUUCCAGCUUGCUUACCAGUACAGAGAUGCUAGUGAAGAGGUAAUAAAAUAAUGUCAGCAAGUUAGCAGUGGGAAAAAGUGAAGCACAGUUCCCUUAGAACUUGCCAGUCAACUGUUGGCUGAUUGUGAAUUGACUGUCGGUCGGCAGUUGCCUGUUUUUUGGCCUAUGGUAGGCUGAUGGUUUUGCCUGCGAACAAAACAUAGCAAUGACAGUUUUCUUUUCAGAAACAUUGUCCCUUGACUCUUCAGGCAGGAGUCAUUCAGUAGACCAAAAGCAAACGUGGUAAGGCUGUGCUGAAAGGAGCCUAGUGCUCUAAACCGUUAAAAUCCAGGGUGCCCAGCAUUAUGAUUUCUACAAACAAACGUUAGGCACCAGAGGCCACCGGGCAUCACUAGAGCACAGCCUUGAUGAGGGCUUUCAACUUUUUGUCAAGAUGCUGGUGAUAAAUAAAUAAACAUUUAAAUAAGAAGCAAAUCGUGAUGUAGAGGUAGCACAUCCACAUAGUCUACCUGAUUUCUGAUUGACUUGAAAUUUGAAAAUGUUUUUUUGAGGAGAGGGGAAAACCAGAGCAUCUAAGGAAAAAAAUUUUUUCAGAGCAAAUGAAAGAACCAACAACAAACUCAACCCAUGCAUAUGGCAUCUAUGCUGGGAAUUGAACCCAGGCCACGUUGGCGGGAGGCAAAAGCUCUCACCGCUGCACCACCCUUGCUUGGUGAUUGCUCUUGCAGCUUUAGUUCAAUCUGCAACUAAUAAGUAAACCGAGUAUAUCAUUUUCCCCAGAAACGUGACCCAUGAUCCUCGUAAUCUUCAGGAAAGAGUCUAGAUGAAAAUAGUAUUUAGACUCCUUUAUUACAGUGAAACCCCGCUUUACAGACGCCCGCUUAAUACCGACACCUUAUUAUUACAGACAGUUUUCCUUGUCCCUAGCCCUUACAUUGAUUUAACCCACUUAAUAUGGACACUUUGUUAAUACGAACACUUUUGAUGGCCCCGUCAUUGUCUGUAUUAACAGAGUUUGACUGUAAUUUUUUUUUCCUUUUUGCAGGAUGACAAGUGGGACAAGAAAUGUCAGAAGAUUUUUCAGUUCUGCCAUCAGACAAUCACAGCACUGGCCAAAGCAGAGUACGCUGAGUUAUCACUAAGACUUUUCCUCCAAGGUUCUCUGGUGGCUGACCAGACUGGAUUCUCAAACUCUGAAACAGUUGCUUAUGAAUUCAUGAGUCAGGUGAGUGUUUUCAGAGUCCUGCAUGUCCACCCAAUAGCGAUGCUCAUCACUCUUUGAUAUUAAUGUGCCAACCAGAAGUACAUUGGUUUGUGAUACAAAAUAUUCUAUUGUUUCAGUCAUUAUAAAUUAGAAUAACAAAGUCAAUGUUUGUAAACAGUGAUGUCUGCUUUGAUAUUCAUUCCCAUUUUGGUACAUUUCUAUGCCAUUCUGAUGAAGGCUGUAAUGCUAAACGAGAGAAUUUUUCUCUUUGUGAAUUCAAAGAGCAUUUUUUUAAAAGCAAGAAGUUUACUUAUUCAAAUCAUUGGUGCUCUUAUAAAUUCAUGAGUCAGGUGGAAGUUUUCACAGAGCUGCAUGCCUACCCGAUAUUCUUUGAUAUCUUUGUUCACGACUGCGGUUCUUAUGAAGGCUGCUAUGCUAAAUGAUUGAAUUUUUAUCAGUAUUAAUUUAAAGAACAUUUUUAAGCAGGAAGUCCACAAUUUAUUUUUUUAAUCAUGGGUUCUCUUUAGCAGGGCGCUUGGUUUCAACUUUUUGUAAGCUUUUGCUGUCUCUUUCUCUUGUUUUUGAACUAUCCCAACAUUUAUUUGCCGGUGUUGCUUCUUCCAGGCAUUUGCUCUGUACGAGGAUGAGAUCAGUGAUUCUAAAGCACAGCUGGCUGCCAUAACUCUGAUAAUAAGCACAUUUGAGCAAAUGAGCUGUUUUGGUGAGGAGAAUCAUGAGCCCUUGCGUACACAGUGUGCUUUGGCUGCAUCCAAACUUCUGAAGAAGCCAGAUCAGUGCAGAGCUGUUGGGGUGUGUUCACAUCUGUUCUGGUCUGGAAAAAGCCAAGAGGUUGAAGGGGGAGAGGUAAGGGUGUAUUCUACUUGAAAGCCUUGAGUUAGGUUAGGUAAGAGCUGUUGGGGUGUGUUCACACUUGUUGUGGUCUGGAAAAUGCCAAGAGGAUGAAGGGGGAGAGGUAAGAAAGCGUUCUACUAGAUACAGUAGCUGUUGGGGUGUGUGCACACCUGUUCUGGUGUGGAAAAGGCCAAGAGGUUGAAGGGGGAGAAAUAAGGUGCAUUUUACUUGGUAGCCACGAAUAACCACGAAUCACUCUUUCUUGUUGAAACAUCUAAGGACAGGCUAGUAGGCUGGUAGUUUGUCUUAUGAAAUUUCUAUAGGAAGGUGAGUUGUUCCUGACUGGUAAACACCUUCAAAUUUUGUAUUGCGCAGGGAAUUCUGACUUCUAGACCAUCUUAGCAGAGAGAAUGGCACAGACUUAGGAUGUAAGUCUUCGGCAGAGAAUCCAGCGAUAAGGGGCGCAUGUACCUCAAGUUCUUUCUAUGACCCUUUCAACUAUGCAAGUCUAUAGGCCAUUUGCACUACGGCGUCAUUUUACUACUACGACCAGAAUCCUUCAGGGUAUUGCUUUCUUGUGCAAAUUGAGGCUUUUGUUAAUUAAACCUCACUAGGACAACCACAUUUGAAUAUGAAAGGAAAAACGAAUUGAAUUCUGGUCUUAGUAGUAAAAAGAUGUCAUCGUGUCAAUGGCUCAUUCACUGCAUUCAUGCUGAGAGGACUAGAGAGAUAACUUCCUACCCCACCCAUCCACAAUAGUAGUACUUGAUCAGGAUGGGAGAAUACAGUCAACGUAUCUGAAUAAUUUUAGCAAUAUUAUUAGUAACUUAGAAUCCCCAGGAGAUGAGUAGGAUUGUUUUUCUCCAUGAAUCAAUUUGUUAAUCUUAAUAAUGUUAUACUGUUUUAGUGUCGGGACAGUAAAAGAGUAACUGAGUGCCUAAAGAAAGCUGUUAGAAUCGGUAACCAGUGCAUGGACACCACUACGCAGGUGCAGCUGUUUGUAGAAGUCCUCAAUCGCUACCUUUACUACUAUGAAAAGAAAGCAGACACGGUAAGUUGAAUACCAACACACAUUUUACCUGCACCCGACUUCUCCUCAGACUUGAUUAUCCUAAACAUUGAGCAUGGUUGCCUUGAAUACCGUCGUCCUAGACUGUUCACAGUCCUCUAUUUUUCCGUAAGAUCAUCGAGAUCGAGCGCUUUCUGUUACGGGCUGCCAACUUGCAUAAGUGUUAAAACUACUUAGGGGGCGGGGGCGGAUAGGAGGACGCCAGCCCCCUCGGUACAUUUGAAAAUCAAGAUACCCGUGACGGUAAGACGUGGUAUAUCUAAACGAUCUCACGAAAAAAUAGGGGACUGCGAACAGUCUACCGUCGUCCAAUCAUGACUAAUGCUUGUCCACCCAAACGAUUCCAGAAGUCACUGCACCCAGAGCUUGUACCUAUUCUCAUGUGAGUUUCUGAAGCGAGGAAUUUUCUGACGACAAUUUCUACCUUAUUAAUUUGACAGAUAGAGACCUAUUGUCUCGGUAUUCAAGUUUAUUUUUUAUCCUACUAUCUUUGCAGUAUCCAAUUUCUUUUACUUACCGUGGCCUAUUUUAACUUUGGGGACUUUCUUGGAGAUUUCUGGUGACAAACUGGAAUUUCCAAAACACUUUUUUUGAAGUUACCGUAUAUCUUCCAAAACAGAUUCGGGACCUGACAGAAACCUGAAACCCUCUACCCUAGGUACCAGAGGUUUCUUUUUCUCACGUGCAGCAUGUUACAAUGUCGGUCACAGGCUGACAGAUCUUCGGCCGAAACCGGAAACUGCAUAUGAAAAGCUUGCCAUCAAAGGUAGAAACUCCCAGUCGUGGCUAUCAUUGCUGGGCUGAGGUCCUCCCGGGGGAGGGGGGAGCAACCCCUUACCCCUCUAUAUACAAUUUUUGGCAGAAAAGGUACCCCUUUCGUAUACCUUCUAGUGACAAAUGGUACCCCUUUCGUAUACCUAGUUUAGGACUUUGCAUCCCUUUUAACUGCUGUAACUGCUCUGUCUUUGAAAUAUGAAUAAAUCACAAAACCAGAAUGUUUUCUCGAAUCCACAGCCAUAAAAUACGUCAUUUAGCCCUUUUAGGCUUUUUACAGAGGGAAAGACAUAUUUCCCUACCCUUUGAUAUAUCUCUCACUCACCUGGUAAAAUCCUCAGGAGCGUUGCGUGACGACACUAGAAACGGCUGUGUAGCAGACUAGUAAAAUCGCUACCCUUACGUAGACCUGAUUCUUGAAAAAUGUACCCCUUUUGGGUGUAGCCUCCCCGUAUAGGGGAUCAUAGUGAGUACCCCCCCCCCCUCCCGGGGCUGACUAGAAGCUUAGGAUGGGUCUUUUCUCCUCAUUAAAAGUUUCAUACUGGAUUCUAUUUCAAAUCAGGUUACAGUCACUGUGAUUAAUCAGUUGCUGGAAAAAAUCCGAGAAGAUCUUCCCGGUUUGGAAGGAACAGAUGAAACAGAGCUGAUCCGAAAACACUUUGAAAACACCAUCGCUCAUAUACAGCUCAAGAAAGAAUCGCCGGCGGCGGAAGGCUCAGCCUCUUAUGAAGAGAUAAGGAUAUAAAUUUUAUUGCCAAGUAGAUAAUUAUCAGAGUUACAAGAAACCGUGUAACGCAAGAAAUCGUGUGAAAGUCAAAGCUUGUCAAUAUACGCGUUGAAAAGGAUUGGAAAUUAAUGUCUGGCUUAUGUCGAAACCUUUUCAACGUGUUUUUUGGCAAAACUCUGUCUUUCACGUGAAUUAUCAGAGUAAACAUAGUGUAUUCUUUCAUUUAGAAAGGACAUUCCGACAAGGCCCCGGUUGUUCAAAAGGUGGAUAGCGCUAUCCACCGGAUAAAUCACUAUCUAGUGGAUAAGGCAAUUGGUCUUGGUACUACUUAUCCGCUGGGUAGCGAUUUAUCCGGUGGAUAGCGCUAUCCAAUUUUUGAACAACCGGGGCCAGGACUUUUAGCAGUGUAUGUAGCUUGAUUGAUAAAAACUUGCUUUUUUCUGUCACCGAAGCCAUGCUGGAUUUGAUUUUGUUCGAUUUUCGAUCAUCCUGUCUAACGUGAAUAUUAUAAGAGUAACUUUAAAUAGAGGUAAGGGCUGCGAAUUAUCGGCCUUUUAAACAAGUCCUCUGCCAACAGGAAGCUCACUUUGUGAUUGAAGACUGUAAGACACGAUAGAAGGCUACGUUGUCUUGAAAUUUAAGACCUUGGGAUAAGAAUUAUUACAUUAUAACUUGUUUCCAUGGUCGUGAAUAUAGCGUCAUGAAAAGUUCUCAUUUGUGAAGAAAUGUUUCUCAUGAACACUCUUUGCAGAACAGUGGUGAAUGAGUAUGCUAAGUGUGGGUUUGAGGCAUACUCCAAGUUCACAGUAAUGCCAGCGGGAGAAUUUCUUUAAAAAAUUCGCGUCAACUCAUAUUGGCCUAAACUUCCAGCUGAUAAAAGAAAAGACAAUUCGUUGAUCCAUAUCUGGUAUUUUCUUGCGCGUGACUCCUGUGUCAUGCAUUUUUACUCGUUGGCGUCGUUGUGCGACACGAGUAAGUAAGUCAUGAAACAAAGGAAAUUAAUUAGAUGAUCAGAAGAAAAACAAUAACAGUACUAAGGAUUUUUGCCUGUGUUCUUUCUUACCCAAUGGCAAAAAUCCUUACUAUUGUUGUUAACGGAACGCUCUUAAACGAAUAUUUCAAAAGCCCCAAUGUGAAUUUUCGCGAUCGGUAUACUUUCGUGCCGAUUGAUGUUGAAAGUUUAAUUUUUUAGCUUCAAAUCUUUCACAAAACUAAAAGAACAUACGAAGUACAUAAGUAAGCCGUCGGGGGGUACCGGUCUCAAAGAACUUUACACCGAUGAAUCAUCUUUCUUUUCUUCUGUAAAGAAUUUUGUUAGGUUUUUUUCAUUUUUUGCAUCUUUGUCUCUGUAAAUAUAUUCUUUUAAUCAAAAGAGACUGACUACAGCAUAAUCACCCCGUUGACAGUUGUAACGUCCCCACUUGUAUGAGUUUCCACUUCUGCUAAGAACUUUUUCUGUGUGAUACUGUCGGCAGAGAAAGGCCUCGACAUUAAGAUCUGUUUAAGGUUUCCACUCAUGAGUGGGGCUACAUAAGGCUACAAUGGUAACAUUGUAUCUUUGAGAAAAAUACUUCAGUAACAACCCUUCAUUGAGCCUUAGAAAUAAUAAUAAAAACCUUUAAUACGUUAGGAGUGUAGUUGUAAUCCCAUGUUUACUGUACUGUCAUUUGCAUCUAAGUUUGAACAGAUUACGUGAAACUUGGCCAAAUUGGUUAUAGUUGCGCAGAUCUGUUCCCUUGAUAUGGCUUAGCAUUCUGUAUAUUUAGAGGCUGAAAAAACUCUAAGGAGAAAAGUUGCCAGAAUUUCAUCUCUUUUUGGUUAUUUUUUGGCACUGAAGUGUAAUUUCACCAGCAAUUAAGGUCACGGCAUGUUAGGAAAAAAGGCUUCGAAUAUCGGUUGUUAAGAAACGCUUCGUCAAAUUUCUAUCAAGUCAUACUUUGGUCGCCAACUCCAGAACUUGAAAGAAACGUGAAGUGCGAAACGAGUGUAAGACUGGGAAAUAGCUAGCUGUCAGUUCCUUUAAGAGGGGAGGGUGGGGGGUUUUUGCCUCGCGUGAUCAAACUUAGAAGCAGUCGCUGGUACUAGUUUUCAGAAAUGAUACAUAUAAAUGAUACAUAGGUUUAAAAACACAGAGUAAAUUAAAUACACCUCUGUAGCUUGUAUGUUUUGUUUUCCCAGUAGAGGUCUCAGGAGAAUUUGAUCCUUUUAUGCGUACACAUGCACGGGAAUAUAAUAAUCCAAAAUUUGAAAGAAACAGUUCUCUAGAGUAUUAUCACAUGACCUACAUUGGGAAAACAAAACAUACAAGCUAAAGACGAUGUUAAGUCGGAAUACUGUGUAAUAAAGCUGUCUUUUUUA